AUGGUUAACGGUAAUAACGGUAAUAACGGUAAUAACGAGAACGACGUUACUAUCGAACUAUCUCCGGAACUUCAGAAAAUUUGCGAUAGUUUGACUCCUAGACAAAGAAGGAGAUACAAUGUUAGCACAAGAAAAAGCGAUUUCUUGGAAGCAAUUUUAGAAGAACGAAAGAAAUCGGAAAUCUGGGUUGAACUAAUCACAGUAGCAGUCUACGGAGCAAUUACUAUUUCUCUUACCAUUGCAAGUGCACGAUAUUUUAAUACGGAUGAAUCCACGAAAGCCUUUUCUAUCAUUAUGAAUUGUGUUUAUUUUGCAGCCAAAAUUGUAAUUAUGAUGGUAGAUCUAGCAAUCAAGGGAUUAAUUUAUAAUAAAAUAUAUUGUUGUUUUAUUGCAACUCCAACAAUUAUAGGACUUCUAGCUUCGGUGAUUCUGGGCAUUUUUGUCCAGUCGCCUUUAAUUACCAUUAAUUUUAUUAACCUUGGGUUGGAAAUUUCAAAAUGCAGAAUCUCAAAAAUCUUGUCUGAAGAAAAUGCACCAUCUGCUCCUCAAACCAUGCCAGAUAAGCUGAGCGUACCAUCUACAUCUCAGAUAAGGGAGGCGAACAUCAAGUGGAUAGAUAUGAGAUAUUUGGUUUCGGAAUCUGCUCUAUAUGCAGAAAGAAGCAUGGGUAAUUGCAUGGCGAAUGGUGUAGAAUUGUAUUCUGAACCAAGUCUGGAUAUCUGGAAAAUGAACUUAGAUAUGCUCAAGAGGAAACGGAAGGUAGAUGAGGCCUUCGACUCAGAGUAUGAAUAUGUUUAUGGUAUCGUCACGACAGACGUCCUUGACGAUGAUACAGAAUUGCGCAAGAAUGUGAAGAGAAUUUUAGAGGUGAUAGUGGGUUUGUUAAAAGAUAGGGUAUCUGUCAGAGU